AUGGCCAACGAUCAGAGAUUCCAGCGGACUGUGCUGGCAGUGGCAGAAGCUGUUCAAACAUUUGCUGCUGGAACAUUCGAUUUUGCAGAGAGCAUCAAACAGAUAUGGGGACCACAAACCGAGCCGGAUGUAGUGGAGACAUCCAAUCCACGGCCUGUCGAGGGCAUGCAGGAAGUUCAAGUUGAUCAACUUCGAGAAAGAACUCCAGUUUCUCAGGACGGAGAUCAAUUGGUCAUCCACUCUCAUAGUCAGUCGCCAUCCGUGACUUCCGAGGACGCGUUCUUGGAAGCCUUACAAUCAGCAAUUGGGCCGCCAGAGACAGCAAACUUGCAGCUUUCUAAUGAGAUGGAUGCAAUAUCCCAGCAAUCUGUCAAAUGCUGCUACGAGUGCUUCGCGCGCUGGAUCGAUGAAAGCCCGAACCCACCUUGUCAAUCUAUCCCAGGGCAGGAGGCAUGCGAAUAUUGUACACGCAUGAAGAUUGGGUGUGAAAUGAUUCCAGCCGACGAGAUGGUGAAGAUAUUGGAACGCAAAAGAGAUGCGGAUGAUUGGCUUGCAGCUUGCGAUGAUCGGAGAGAAAGACGGCGCUUCAUGGAUUCAUGGUAUGGGGAAUUUGAGCGGGUCAAAAUGGCUAUUUCAUCCCCAAUUGCGGAUGUACCACAGCAGCAGGCCGGUUCAAAGCGAGUCUAUUGGGAUGAUGAGCAGCAACCUGUGUCCAAACGGCAGCGGACACACGAAGUGCGAGAAGAACCAAUGCCAGAUCGCAAUGGACAGCUGAAAAGGACUAUGCAACGGGAAGAGGAUGACCACGGAGCGGUGGAAGAUAGGGAGUCCUCACCAUUGUCGGGAUCUUUCUCAUCGUCGGUGUCUUCGUCGGAAGACGAAGAGGAGGAAGAAGUGCAACUGCAACUGAACAGGCAAGAAAGUUCGCCUAUCAAGGUUUCAUAUCAGGUGCAUAAAACGACACACAGAGAGGUGAUAAAUCUAGAGGAAGAGAAUGAAAGAUCCUCUACUUUGACGCAGGAACAAUCCUCGGAAAUUACAUCAUCAGAAGAGGAUAAUGAUGGCUACUCCUCUUCCUCCGAAAGAGAAACAAUGCAAAUUUCAGGAAAAGAAGUGCACCAAGAGCGCCGCAACAUGUAUGCGAAUGCAGCGAUUCAGCCACAGGAGAGCAGUGAAGCAUCCUCGCCUUCGUCGGGAGGCGAGUCCUCGGAAGAAGAGACAGAGGACGAACCUGAAGCGCAACUAGAGAACCGACUGGCACCAAACGCAGUUUCGCAAUAUGAACGCAAAGAGACGACCAAAGUAGCGAACCAUAUCCUACUAGAAGAAGAGAGUGAUGAGUCCGAAUCAUCCUCGGCUUCAUCUGCAUCGGAAGCCUCACCCUCAGAGGAAGAGUCAGGUGACGAAGCAGAAGCACCGAAAAGGCAACGUGCAAGAAGAGAAGAGUCGCCAAAAGAACAAAAAGUCUAUUCGAAAGAACCAAUUCAGGUAUCAGACGAUGAAUCGUCCAAUUCGUCAUUAGAUGAAUUCUCAGAAGAAGAGUCAGAGUCCGAACCAGAGCUUUUACGGGAACAACCGGCCACAGUAAUGGAGCCCCAAAAGAGACGGGAAGACAUGCCGGAAGAAUCAAUUGAAAUAACAAGCGAUGAGUUCAACUCGGGUUCAUCAGAUGACGAAUUCUCGGAAGAAGAGUCGGAGAUGGAGACAUAG